UGCUCGGCUCGCCACCGCGAAAGAGCGCAACAGGCCAGUGCACGCCUCGUGUUCGCGACAUCAGCAGCCGUGCUGUCCGUGGUGCUCCGCGAGCUUAGUGUGCAGUCGCUGCUGCACCUAAACAUAGCCAAAUCGAAUAACGAGCUGAUUAGCAGCAGCAGCUUGAAAGCACAUCAGCAACAGCAGCAGAGAGUGGUGCCCGAUAGAGUUCACGGAAGGAGGAGAGCGAGAGAGAGGAGAGAAACAGAAGAGAGUGGACGGAUGUGCCGCCUUAGCUCGGAUGAAUGAAGGAGGCUCAGGCGGGCGCAAGGUGCUGCUGUUCUCUCGAUUGUUCGCUGCUCGUCAGGUGUAUACGUAGCUGCCGUCGCCACCGCUGCCAGAGAUAAUCCCGUCUGGUGUUUUCUUCUCUCUCUCUCUCUCUCUCUCUCUCUCUCUCUCUCUUUCUCUCUCUCUCUCUCUCUAUAUCUCUGCCUCUGGCUGUGCGUGUCUCGCGCUCGCGACCGACUCGCUCAAGUCGUCAAAAUGGCGCUCAACCAGGAGAACGCUAGCAACGCGAACGGCGCCGGCGCCAAGAGCAAUCUGGUGGUGCGCAUCGGUCACGACUCUGAGAUGGAUCUGCAAAAGUUGUUCGACUCGGUGCUCAAGCCGGACUCGAGCCAGCCGCUGCAGGUGCCGCUGCGCAUGCGUAACCUGCCCAAUUCUUUCUUCAACCCGCCCAGCACCGGCAGCAAGUCGCCCUCGAUCUCGCACUCGCGCGAAAACUCGGCCGAUUCGGCGUUCGGCCAGCCGAACGGCGCCGUGGCUGGCGCUGGCAGCAACAACGGUGGCACCACCAGCCCUAGCGCCUCGAGCACCGGCAGCAACGCCGGUGUCACGGCCGUGCAACAAGUCGCGUCGGGCCUGACCGUAGCCCAUAGUCGCGCCCACAGUUGUCCGGCCGCCGUCGAGCCCAACAACUAUACCGCGCAGCAGCACCAGAGCCAGCACGCGCCACAGCCACACCCGGCCAGGCACGGGCCCAACCACGGGAAGCAGCGCAGCUUCGACGUCAUCAGCACCGUCGACGACCUCGGGCCACUGCCCCACGGCUGGGAGCAGGCGCGUACCGCCGAGGGACAGAUUUACUUUCUCAAUCACCUAACGAGGACAACGACAUGGGAGGAUCCACGUAAAACGGCAGCGGCAGCGAGCGUCGCAGCAGUCGCAGCCGCGGUCGAGAGCAAUAAGGCGACAGCCGCCGGUACACCAGCUGCAUUGGGUCCAUUACCCGAAGGUUGGGAACAAGCUAGAACUGCCGAGGGUGAAAUCUAUUUCAUUAACCAUCAAACCCGCACCACAUCAUGGUUCGAUCCACGACUCCCGCAACAUCUUCAAAGACAACCGACCACUGGUGCCAUGUUACCGCAAAGCUGGCAAAUUCAGCCGCAACCCGGGGCUGGUGCUGGUAUCCAAAGCAGUUCAACACUGCAGGCAUGUCAGCAAAAAUUGCGCCUCCAGAACUUACAACUGGAACGUGAGCGCUUGAAGCAGCGACAGCAAGAGAUCAUACGACAGCAAGAGCUAAUGCUGAGACAGAGCACAACUGACGCAGCGAUGGAUCCCUUCUUGUCAGGUAUCAACGAACAACACGCCCGACAAGAGAGUGCAGACAGUGGCUUGGGUCUUGGUUCUGCCUAUUCAUUGCCUCACACACCUGAGGACUUUUUGGCAAAUCUCGAUGAUAACAUGGAUGGUACAAGUGAAGGAGCUCCCAUGGAAACUCCGGAUUUAUCACUAAGUGAUAAUAUCGACUCGACUGAUGACCUUGUGCCUCUCCAGCUUGGCGAGGAUUUCAGCAAUGACAUUCUGGAAGAUGUUCAAUCUUUGAUAAAUCCAGUAGGUAACACCGCUAAGCCUGAGAACAUUCUCACGUGGUUGUAGUGUUCUUAGUCGCUGCAGAUUCGAAAUUGUAGCGAAUUCUAGCGAAAUGGAAAAAAAAGAAGAAAAAAACCAUCAAUUAAGACUCUAAAUCGCGAUAGCAAGUCAAUACUCUUAAACGGGACAUAAGUGCACAUGAGCUCGUCGAAUUUUUUGAAGAAAGCCUGCGGAAAGAAACAAUCCGUAGUCAACACAUUGAUUGUUCUAAACGAAUAUGUGCGCACAAUAAUCAAAUUUAUGUAUAUAACUCGUUCAUUGCUGCCGAUUGUGCAAGCGAAGUUGGGUGAGAAAUGAAAAAAAUUUCAAUUCAGCAAUACGCUAACGUUAAGUACAUAAAUUUAGGUCUACAAACAAGAGAGAAAGAAGUCAAAGUUGACACUGGCGCGAAUCAAUUGACGUUUCUGUCCACAAAAAAUAUGUACGACUUUCGCAUUUGCUGUAACAAUACAAAUUUGAUAUUAUUUCUGAGACCACGUGGUAUCAGAUCUACACGGAUUUUACAUGUGCGAAUUGCUAUUUGAUUCAUUAUUGAUUAAUUUUGCAUCUAAUGCAAAUUUAACGUAGAUGAACUUUUUAUUUCUUAUUUGCUUUUUGCUUUCAUUACCAGGAUUCGAUGAAUACUUUUAUUUCACUUUUAAUUCAUGAUGAUAUAAAUCGAGAGAUUUUUAUCUUUCAUUUUAGAUCUUGAAACGUUUUACAUUUGAAAAGAGGACAGUGACGUCAAAUACGAAGCAUUUUUUUUUAGCAAUAAAUGAAACUUCAAGUGUAGAGUUUUAAAAACAAGCGACAUGUGUUAUAUAAAAUGGCCAAUAAAAAAAGCAACGAUGAUACAUGCGCGUAUCACAGCCUUAAAAGUAAUAUUCAUUAGUAAACGAAAGUGCCUUGACCUUGCAAUCAAGUAUAUACAUUUACGCGACCCCCGGCGACAGGGAUUUGUCGUUUUUUAAAGGUAAUGACCGUCCAUAUCAAUUUGUUUAUACGAAGAAUUAGCAAUUGUUGAAAAGCAUACGUCAUGUUUUUAAUAAUCUUUUUAAUAAUCGAAGAUUAAGCAGUAAGAGCAAAAUGGAAAAGUAUAUAUAUUUUUUUAUAUAUAUAUAAAGUCUAUACUUGUUACGGAUUACCAGUUAUUGGAACAAAGACAAAGAAAAAAAAGAUGACACAGUGUUUAAAUUUUUAGAUUGUAAAAUUUUUUCUUAUCUAUACAAUUGCGCAGCUAUAUAUCAACGGCAGUUAUUAAGAAAAUAAAUUAUAUGUUAUUCACAGAGUAUCGAAAUAUUUUUAGCUUUAAGAAUCAGUUCUCCUGGCUCCAUUUCACGUAGAUGUGAAACGGAGGGACAGGUCAAUAAAUGUACUUUUUCUUUUAAAUAGGAAAACAUAUUGUAUUAAUUUUAUUAUAUAUCGACUGCUCCGAUUUACUUUUACGUAUUGCAUAUUGUCGGUAAAUUUGAUAUUACACCUUUACAUGUAAUUAAGUAUAUGGCAGUUAAACGUACUUGCACAAUUUCGAAAAAAAUGGCAUUUCAUAAGACAUUGACAUUGAAAUGUAAAGAAUACAGAAAGUGCUUUCAAUAAAAUAGACUUGCCAAUUUCGUGAUUUCGAGCGUCGUUGAUUUGCAUUGUUCGAUCGAAUUGUUUGCAAGUAUCUGAUGAAACUAAACCUUGAUGGUAUUGUUGUAACGAAGUAUAAGCGAAGGUCUUAUUGCAAAUAAGAUAUAAGACAUGUUCUCUCGUUUUUUCCCGCACGGAGUGGAAAAUUCGUGGAGACUGUAAGGCAAGCGAUAUAAAAAAAACUACAAUAACAUGUGCGAGUUUUAAAGUCUAAUUUUUAAGAGUUUGAGUGCCGAAAUCCUUGAUAAAGGGAUAAUGUACAUGUUGUCAGCUACAUGACAACUGCCUUUUUUACUGUGCUUUAUCGAGAUAAGCGUGUGAAUUUACAUCGCCUACGGGCGAUUCCUUUGCAAUACUAUAUGUAAACGUAGGUUGAUUUCCUGUGUUUCUUCCUGAAAGUUGUCAAUUGAGUUGAUCAUGUUAGAAUGAGUUUCAACAUUGGAAAAUUAGAUUUCGUGCUAUUAUUUUUUAUUUAUUACACAAAAGGCAUUGUGGCUUCUAGAUAGAUCGAUUUUUUGUUACAUGUUUAAUGCUUUUUAUGCGAAAAUUAUUACUGCCCAGUCUCAACUCUUUAUAACUUUCAGGAACUUCUUAUCUUUACAGACUCGUAUUAUGUAUGAUUUAAACUUUUCUUUUUUCUUUCUUAGAUGAUACUUUUUGAAUGUAAUAUCCUUUUACCUAGCGUUUAAGCUGAAUACUUAGCUUUCGUCGAGGAAAACAUUGUAUUUUCUUUUUUUUUCGUCCAGUCAGUAAUGGCGGUGAUUUAUUAUUUGUGAAUCAAUUUUUGUCAAGGUUUUCUCGUCUCGCGAAAUCAAACUAAUUUUUGUAUUUAUUUUGUAAAAAGGUAUACAAAAAUACGUACGGUUUGAAAUCAUCGACGUAUUCGUAACGAUAAUACCUUUGAAAAAAUCGAUAUGCAAUUUUCAUAUUAUCGCGGGAUGACAAAAGCACAAUUGAUUCUUUUUUAUUUCUUUUUUUAAGUAUCAGUAUUUAAUUAUGUUCAUCGGCAAUUUGUGGCGUACAUUUUUAUAUCGGUAACAUGUGCCUUAGCAAUAAAUGUAACAAUAAAUAUAUUGUUUACUUACUUAUAAUUAUUGUAUUUCUAUUCAAACCAUAUUUACCGUAAAGUCAAAUUUUAUUAUUUAAUCAUAGUUACAUAGAUUUUAUCUGCAGAUGCUUCUAAAUUAUCAUUAUAGUGGAAGAAAAUCUAUAUUCCAAAGAUAAAUCUUGAGUACAA